AGCGCGUCUCCUUUAACCCAGCAGGUGAAUCCUGAGGCUCCGGAGCAGGAGCCCGCCGCUCCUCUGUUCUGGCUGCUCUGGCUGCUCCUCCACAUUGAUGGCUCUGCUCCUCCUCGGGGAGAAGCUCCUCGCAGCCUCCUGAGAGAACCCUGCGGGGGUCCGGGUUUCCCCUCUGCGCCCAGAGGAGCGGCAGCCGCGGGACUGCAGAGGAUCCGCCCGGCGCGCACCGACGAUGCGCGGCAGCUGCGCGGAGACGCUCCCCGGGACUCCGGAGCGCGCGAGGCGGUUGCGGAUCCGGGAGCCUGAAGGCGGCGUGGACGCACCUCUGUCUGCACGCGUCAGGGAAUUAUGAGCGCGGCGGAGACGGAGGCGGGUGGAGGCUCGAGCCAGCGCCACACCCGGGAGGAAAGCGAGGUGCUCGGCUCCCGAGGCCCCAAAAACCCCGAUGGCGGAGACGAGGAGGAGGAGGCCCGCGGCUGCGGGGACGCAGCUGCGGAGGCCCGCGGGGGGCCUUUCUCCGGCGAGGAAGGGGGCACGUCCUGCAAAGCGCAGGGGAUGCCCUCCAACAGCAGCAGCGACACCUGCAUCCCCACCCCCAGCUGCCGGAUCUGCUUCCAGGGCGCAGAGCAGGGCGACCUGAUGAACCCGUGCCGCUGCGACGGCUCCGUCAGGUACACCCACCAGCAGUGCCUGCUGAAGUGGAUCAGUGAGCGCGGCUGCUGGACCUGCGAGCUCUGCUGCUACCGCUUCCAGGUCAUCGCCAUCAACAUGAAGAGGCCGUGGCAGUGGCAGUCCAUCACCAUCACCCUGGUGGAGAAGGUGCAGAUCAUCGCCGUGCUCCUCGGCUCCCUCUUCCUGGUGGCCAGCAUCUCCUGGCUCUUCUGGUCAGCGCUGAGCCCUCAGGCCAUUUGGCAGCGCCGCGACGUCCUCUUCCAGAUCUGCUACGCCAUGUACGGCUUCAUGGACCUGGUCUGCGUUGGUCUGAUUGUCCAUGAGGGGGCAGCAGUGUACAACGUCUUCUUGCGCUGGCGGGCUGUCAAUCUUCACUGGGAUGUUCAGAGUUAUGACAAAGCCAAGGACAUGGAGGAGAUCAGCACUGGCCCCCCAUCUGUGGCCCCUAGGACGCUUUGGUUGCCUCUGGCCACUAUGGGGCCCAGCAGCCCCGUCCAUUCCGCCCAGAUCGGGCCCCAUCCAUGGAACUGCCUCUGCUUGGCCCCGUUCUGCCCCAGACUGUUGCCCCGGAAUGACCCGAGCCAGGACGCGGGCUCUGGAGAGGUCGUGAUUCGUGUGACAUCUGUGUAGAACUCCAACAGCUGCAGUUUGAAUCUCUUUUUGACUUUUCUUGUUGCCAAAUCUUUUUUUUAAAGUGAGUUGUUUUUUCUCUGUCUGGGGGCCGGCCCUCAAACCCACCUCACUGCUUUUCAAACGCAUAAAGGUUUGAGUUUGGGCUUCAUCCACCCAUCAGUCCGACGGCGAAGCGCUGCAUCCAAAGCUGUGUGGAAUUCAGACUAAAUGCAACCAAGUUGAUCACUUUUUGUUCGCCAAGUCUUGGAUUUGAAAUUGGAUUCUUCUGUCUGGACUCUGAAUGUGUUCAUUGGUUUUUGCCGAGUCAUGUUAACUGCAGAUUGAUGGUUCUACGUUAGCAUGAAGCUUUUUUAAAGUUGACCUUAAUUAACACCAUUGAUUGUAUACAUAAACUGGACCGAGUGAGUGUGACGUCACCCAUAAAAAAAAUGUAAUCAGUUAGGUUGCCAUUUUUUGGGAUACUUUUAUCGAGGCAUUUGAUUGGUCAGUUUAUAACUUGAAAAACUUCUAUAGAAAAAAACAGAAGGAAAAAAAAAAGAUUUUAAAGAACAAGUUAAAAAAAGUAGUAGC